GUCUCAUUUAUAAUUUUACAAUGUCUGGUAAAGUCGAGAGAGCACUUUGAUCCAGCUCUCCCCCAAUAACUGUCGCGUCACUUCCUCACCCCGUGCCCAUCCCUUUGGAAGAAAAAGAAAAUUCACACAGAGAAACGACGGCGAGAAAAAGAGCGAGGGAAAAGUCGAGAGGGGAAACGCGAGCAAAAAGCCAGAUGAAAAAGCUGGAUACUGAAGAGGUAGCCAAGCAAAGACCAGAACAUACGUUUUAAACUAUGCCACUCCACAAAUCAUCCCGGGCCCCUCGUCUGGACCCUACCAUGAUCUCGGCGCCACUGGGUGACUUUCGUCACACCAUGCACAUUGGAAGGGGAGGCGAUGCCUUUGGAGACACCUCCUUCCUGUCCACCCUCGGUCCGAGUCCAGCCAGCCCCGACCUGGGGAGUCCAGGGAUGAUGCCAGCUGCUGAUCCUGAGGUUGCAGUCAACCACAGUGAUCUUCAUACAGAUGCUCCAGGAAGCCCACAGAACAAUGAGCUUCAGCACUCUGAGUCAGUGUCUUCGUUCACCCUGGACCUGGACCUGGAUCUGGGCCCAUCAAUGCUGGGAGACGUGUUAGGAGUGAUGGACGGAUUGGGGCUUGACUCCAAUGAGGAGGAUGCAUUCAAAAGCAGCUCAUCCUUGGUGGAAACAAAGCAGGGAAAGGGGGCCACGGAAAUGUCCAUGAACGUGCAGAACGAGCUGAACGGGAAGAACUUGGUUGGGCUGGAUGGAGACCAGGUGGGAGACGGCAGGAUACCAGAUGGGAACGGGAUCAAGCCAAAGGGGUUAAAACCAAAAGUGAGAUUCAGCGACAAACGAGAGGAGAUCAUUCGCCAGGCAUCGGAAGAGGAAGAGGGUCAAGGGUAUGACUUCCAGGAUGAGAAUCAGCUGGUGUGUAUGAGUCCAACGAGGAGUGAGAGCGAGAGGGGCGAGAGCCGAGUAGCAGGAGGUGAAACUGAGUUCACCAAUCACAAAGUAGAUUUGCCACCUAGUCCUGCCUCAUCACAUAGCUCAGAGUAUGAAGGAGUCACUCCAUUGGACAGGAGGAGGGUUGACAGCUGCCACUCAGAGACUGAUUCAGACGAGGAGGAGGAGGAGGAGGAGGAAGCAGGAAGAGGCUACACAUUUGAAGAUGAGUUUGAUGAUGAAAUUGGUCUAUAGGGUAUAGAUAUGGUUUUGCCACAGAAACACAUCUUUGCUGUUGAGUAAAUCCAGGAUACUGUAUUUUCCUUAACUCAUCAUUUCAGUAUCAUUUGAAUGGGAGGCUUAAACAGAACAUAUCAUAACGCAAACUGGAUUUUUCCAAGACUCAGAGGUCUACAGUUAAGACGAUGUUGCUCAACUGGAAAAUACAUUUUAUGUUUUAUCUACAAGGGUAACAGAUAUGCCAAAGACUGCCAUUUUGAUCAGAAAAAGCAAAAUGUCAUUUGGGUUAUUACAGUGAAAAGUUUGUAGCACUUUGAUUUAUUUCAUUCACCUGGAAGCUUUGCUAUGAAACUGAAGCUCAGUGGAAAGUUUGAUUCAGGCUAAAUGAAUGAUGCUUGUAUUGGUAAUUUUUGUCCUAUAUUUGCUUUAAAAAAAUCUAAAGCACACACAACAGGCGUUGUGUUUACUGAGCUUUAUGUUAUAGUGCCUUAAAGGGAGCUGUUCUUAUUAUUAUUGUACCCUGUGCUAUACCAAUGUCUUAUUAGUUAUUUUUCAUAGUGCAUGUUUAUUACAGUCUCCAUGUCUUCUCUUGAUGUUUAAUUCAUUUGAAAAGCUUUACAAAAGGUCCCCAGAGACACUGUCAGAAAAUAAAGAUAUCCUGUGUAUUAUGAAUUACUGUGAAUUUGUCACAUUCCUAAUCUGACACUGUUUCUCUGGUUUAGACCGAAUCAAAUCUGUUCUCAGAGUACAGUUAUUUUGUAUGUUUUCAUACCUACCAUAGUUUCUCUGGGCUGUGGGGCUGGACUGAUACUAAAACACUAAGACAAUCAUGGGAUUUAAAGGUCAUAUUGUAAAUCAGGACCAUGUUGAUGUUUAUUUCUGUACAUGCUUUUUGCUUGUAUAAUGCUUGUUUUUUUUUUUUUUUUUUUAAAAAAGUGUUUUAUUCCAUAAUGCUGUAAAAGGGAGAGAGGUCAUUAUGCUCAUCUGUUGGAAAUGCUGGUUUAAAGACGUUAACCUGUGGUUUCAUAAGGAUUACAGUGAAAACAAUAAAACUAUUAUUGGGAAUUUAUAAUAAUCA